AUGGACGAGAUCGCGCCCGAAUACGACGUCGUGGUCCUCGGGACUGGCUUGACUGAAUGCGUGCUCUCUGGCGUCCUCAGCGUGAAAGGCAAGAAGGUCUUACACAUCGAUCGCAACGAUCACUACGGCGGCGAGGCUGCUUCCAUCAACAUCGAGACUCUAUUCAAGAAAUAUGGGAACUACAAACAAGGCGAAGAGCCGUGGAAGAAAUAUGGCCGGGUCAACGACUGGAACGUCGACCUCGUACCAAAGCUCCUCAUGGCGAACGGCGAACUGACCAACAUCCUCGUCUCUACAAAUGUCACAAGAUACCUUGAGUUUCGGCAGAUCGCAGGCAGCUUCGUACAACAGGGUUCCGGACCGAGGGCUACCGUGGCCAAAGUUCCCUCGACUGCAGGCGAAGCCCUCAGCUCACCUCUGAUGGGUCUAUUCGAGAAGAGAAGAGCGAAGAAAUUCCUGGAAUGGGUCGGCGCAUAUGAGGAGAGCAAUCCGAGCACACACAACGGCCUGAACAUGAACACAGCUACCAUGAAAGAUGUCUAUGACAAGUUCGGUUUAGAGGCAACGACCAGAGACUUCAUCGGCCACUCAAUGGCGCUCUACAGCACCGACGAAUACCAGACUGCCCCAGGCAUGGCUUCAGAUGCCGUGACCCGCAUUAGGCUAUACGCUAACUCAAUGGCUCGAUAUGGCAAAUCGCCUUAUAUCUAUCCUCUGUACGGCCUCGGCGAGCUCCCACAAGGAUUUGCUCGACUCUCUGCAAUCUACGGUGGCACGUACAUGCUCAACACGUCUAUCGACGAGAUCACCUACGAGGGAGGCAAGGUGUCUGGCAUCAAGGCUACCAUGAAGGAGAGGGGCGAAGAAGGCGAUGGCAUGAAGUUCAGUACAAAAACGAAAAUGAUUCUUGGAGAUCCGUCGUACUUUCCAGGCAAGGUCCAGGUCGUUGGGCAUCUCGUCAAAGCCAUCUGCAUUCUCAACCACCCAGUCGACAAGACAAACGACUCGGACUCGUUCCAGUUGAUCAUCCCUCAAUCGCAAGUCGGACGCAGACAUGACAUCUAUAUCGCUGCUGUCUCAUCAGCUCAUAAUGUCUGCCCACGAGGCUACUAUAUUGCUAUCGUCAGCACGAUCUCCGAGUCCCCUGCCAACCACCACCUUGAGCUGCAGCCCGGUCUCGAACGACUUGGAAGGAUCGAAGAAGUGUUCACUGGUAAACCCAUCCCCAUAUACGAGCCUCUGGAGAGCGGCGUCAAUGAUCGCAUUUUCAUAUCGAAGAGCUACGACGCAAGCUCGCAUUUCGAAACGACGACCGAUGAUAUCAGAGACAUCUACCGGAGGGCCACUGGCGAGGAAUUGAAAGUGCAGGGACUUGCAGAAGGUCAAUCAUUGACGGAGCAAGAAUAG